UUUCGCCCAGUAUCCAAUUGUUGACCGGCACGGCGGAGAUAGCCUGGAUUGUUGACCUUCACUCGACAAUUUAUUGACUGAUCGGUCGCCCACACGCAGAGGGUGACCGGCCGUGAAGCCGCCACGAUGGACCCAAAUGCUUCCUCAAUCACCGUCGCUGUUCGGGUGCGGCCGUUCACCAUCCGAGAGGCUGCCCAAUUAAUCAAGACCGAUGACAACCCACUCUUCCUCGGCGACGGCUCGCUAGCCGCGGCGCCCGCUCCCAAGCUGAACCAGCGCGGACUUCGAUCAGUCAUCAAGGUAGUCGAUGAUAGGUGUCUCGUUUUCGACCCGCCGGAAGACAAUCCCGUCCAAAAGUUCUCUCGCUCCGUUGUGCCCACGGGCAAGAAAGUCAAGGACCAGGUUUUCGCAUUCGACCGUAUCUUCGAUCAGAAUGCUACGCAGAUGGACGUUUACGAGGGGACUACCAAAGGGUUGCUGGAUAGCAUCCUCGACGGCUACAAUGCCACGGUAUUCGCAUACGGCGCCACGGGUUGCGGAAAGACACACACCAUCACCGGCACCUCUCAGCAGCCGGGUAUUAUCUUUCUCACGAUGCAGGAACUCUUCGAGAAGAUCCAGGAGCGCAGUGACGAGAAGGUCACCGAGGUUUCGCUCUCGUACCUCGAGAUCUACAAUGAGACGAUCCGCGACUUGCUGGUUCCCGGCGGUAGCAAGCAGGGCCUCAUGUUGCGCGAGGACUCAAACCAGGCCGUCACGGUCGCCGGUCUUACCAGCCACCACCCGAAGGACGUGCAGGAGGUCAUGGACAUGAUUGUGCAGGGCAACGAGUACCGAACUGUGUCGCCGACUGCAGCCAACGCGGUCUCGUCGCGGUCCCACGCGGUGCUGCAGAUCAACGUCGCCCAAAAGGACCGCAAUGCCAGCGUCAACGAGCCUCACACCAUGGCCACUCUGAGCAUCAUUGACCUCGCCGGCAGCGAGCGUGCCAGCGCCACGAAGAACCGGGGAGAGAGGUUGCUGGAAGGCGCGAACAUCAACAAGUCGCUUCUCGCUCUGGGAAGUUGCAUCAAUGCACUGUGUGAUCCGAGGAAGAGGAACCACGUGCCGUACCGCAAUAGCAAGCUGACUCGCCUGCUCAAAUUCUCUCUUGGGGGCAACUGCAAGACAGUCAUGAUCGUUUGUGUCAGCCCGUCGAGUGAGCACUUCGACGAAACUCAGAACACCCUUCGCUACGCCAACCGGGCCAAGAAUAUCCAGACUAAAGUGACGCGCAAUGUCUUUAAUGUCAACCGCCACGUCAAGGAUUUCCUGGUCAAGAUCGACGAGCAAAUGGCUAUCAUCAACGAGCUCAAGGCCCAGCAGAAGGAUGCCGAGAAGACCUUCUUCGCCAAGUUCCGGAAGCAGAUGGAUAAGCGUGACGGCGUGGUACGGGAAGGUAUCAUGCGGCUGCGCGCUGCCUACGAGAAUGCGGCUUCUGAGCGGCAGGAAAAGGUCAACCUGAUGAAGAAGCUGAAGGCUAUCGAGAGGCGAAUUGGGCUGCUCUCUGCCUGGAUUGCCGCCUUUGACACGGUUUGCGAUUCACGGGGAGACGAGGAGGCGAUGCCGAGCAACCUUGCAGCGAUGCGGAAGACCGCUCACGGCAUCCUGAUGGAGCUGGAGAGCAGCAGACACCACCUCCACCAGAGGCUGGAGCGGUCUAAUUGGGAACGCGCCUUGGAUACGGCGCUGAACCACAGCAUCGCUCAGCUCCCGACAGGCGACGGCAUCGUUGAUGGCUCUGAGCGGGACACGCUGGCCCGGGAAGCCGAGAUGCUCAAAGCAAGCUUCAUGCGGGACGCCUACAGAGAGGUGCUGGAGCAGGACAAGGCUGGUGAUGCGGCUGUCCUGCAGGUGCUGCUGACGGCCCAGUUCGAGAUAUUAUCUUCCCUCUCCGACACGCUGAAUAUGAGCGAGGAAGAGGCGGUCGCCCAUGCCAAGGCGAUGGUCAGCCGUCUCCUCGAAACUGGCUACUCGGCAGCCUCACACGUCGUCAAACCCGACGGUUCCAUGAUGCCCGUCGAAAUGUUCCCACCAACCAAGCGUGGCACCCCGAAGCGGAAGAAGUCUCUUAGCCUGCACCCAAAGUCUAUCCCCGCGCCCGUCCUUUCUGCCGUUCAGCAACAGGCGCUUGCCUCGCCGGUUAAGGCGUCCCCACGGCGCCGCAAGCUCGGACGUAAGAGCGUGGCAUUUACACCCGUCAAAAAGAAGCACUCGGUGCGCUGGCGUGACGACGAGAGCGAGCAGGGCACUCUCGCGGACUACGAGAAGACCCCGCAGAAGUUUCCUUCGCCUGAGAAGCCCUCGCCGGAAGAGGCCCUUCCAACCAGACCGCCGGUGCCCUCGUACCUGAACCAUACGGACUCUCCUCGGGACUCUAGCCCAGCUCCCGUAGUCCCUGACGUAUCAAUCCUGUCUCACGGCAAGCCGAACCGGUUUCAAGCCGGCUUCUUAUCCAAAUCUCGGGUUCCUCAGCCGAGCAACGGCGCCCUUGGUAGCUCACCCAUUGCGCCGCCGACACUGUCUCUGAACCUAGCCGGAUCCUCAGAUAACGAAGACCGCCCAUCUCCGCUGCGAACGGUGCCAGUUAGCCGAGCUACUAACUCGCUUUCGCCACCUCCAGCGACACACAGCAGUCCCAAGCCGACGACGACAAGCAUGCUCUCUACCCUCAGCGAGAACGGGAUCGAAAACCAGCCUCCUCGUCGCGCCUCCCCAGCGUCUCGCCUUCCCCGUUCGUCCUACGGCUCGGGUUCCGACUCGGAAAUCGACCCGCUUAAGAUCCGCUCCGCCCUGCAGCUAGCCAAGCGCCGCGACCGGCUGUCGCUCAUGUCGGGAACUGCCGCGUCCAACGCGAAGCGCAUCUCCUCCCUCGGCUCGAACCCGGGCGGCCACCGUCGCGCCUCGGCUAGCUACUCGGGCCCGUCGGCGCUAGCGAGCUCUGCCAAUGGCAUCUCCCGCCACCGCAGAGGUAGUGUCGAGCGGCGGCGCUCGCCGCCGAGGCCCAUCGCUUGCUCGCCUCCUUCGAGUCAUCCUCAGGCGGGGGACUCGUCGGUUCUGGGUGGGGCCGGUACAGUCGGGAGAGGCGCCCUGACGCCGGGCCAGGCGAGGAGGAUGAAUAUGGGGGGUAGCCUCAGGCUGGAGAAGCAAAGGGAGAGGGGGAGUAGUCCCACAUCGCCGUCGUCCAGCCAUGGGGCCGGUGGCGAGUUAGCUGGGGUCAGUGGUAAGGCUAGGAGAGUUACUAUUGGCUUUGCUGGCACGGCGCCGAACGGUAGUGGAACCGGGAAUGGCAGUGGCGGGGCCUCGUCUGGGAUGGUGAAGCCGAGACCGAGUAUGGUGUGGAGAUGAAAGUGCUUUUCGUUGCUUAGGUGGUUUUCUGUAUGGGAACAUUUUGCAUAACCAUCAUACCCCCCUCCGUGUUCCUCGCUUGCUGGAGCGGGGCUGAGGGGUUUGUGG